CCCCAUAUAGAAAACGUGUGUUCUGGAACUUACAGACAUACAAAUUGAGGAAAAUAAAUAUCUCAUUUGCAUUUAACAUGUUUCUUCAAAGCAGCUGUAUACUUGCUGUAAAAAACACUUGAUAAAAAAAAAAUAUUAUAAAAACGUGAUAAAUGAAGUAGCGCAGAAUCAAUAUUCAAAGUUUGGCAAGCCUGUGCAUUUUUCAUGCAAACUUAUUUUACUUAUACAAGAGGGAAAGUAGGUGCAAAUUAUUGUAAUGAAAGUUUAUGAAUUUGAUUAUUAAGCAUACACAUACCAUAAAUCUGACCUCUUAUUCCAGGUUUUUACUAAAAAUCCUAACUGAUACAGUUACAUUUACAUUUAUGCAUUCGGUAAUUUAAUCCAAAGUGACUUACACUGGAUCUACAUUCUAUGAUUUCACACGUUGCCUAGAAAUCUGACCCUUGUUUUCGCCGUUGUUAAUGCCAUGCUCUAAAGAAAUGCUCUUCCAACAUGCAGCUUGCAGCAGAAAAUGUGUAGUAGUCAGAAAUGGAUCAGCGUCGAGAUGAAUUUAUUAAAUUUAUUAAAGACAAAAUUAAUUGCACAAAAAAUUAGUAGACAUCAAAUGGAACUGCAGCAACUAUUAAAAUAGUGACUCUCUCCUUUUGCUUUUAUGUUAUUAUAUACCUUAUUGCAACCGCUUCGUAGUUUAUGUACAAAGUUCACUGCUUAAUUCAGGAUAAGAGCCAGCUUGUGCCCUUUUCUAAAAUCAAAUAAAUUCUGCCUCACAUGAUUACAAACCAAUCAUGGAAAUGUAUUUUCGCUGUACCUUAUUUUCUGAUUUUGAUCUCUGGACCAUGAGGUGGAACAUAUUGCUCAAGUCAUUUUAGAAUUGUAUAUAUUUAAACCUUUUUUUUUAGCGCUUAGUAUUCUACACACAGCCAGAUGCACAUUUAAUGCGGUCAGUGAUUUUUUGCCAAUUGAAAAAAAAGUUGUGGCAUGUCCAUGGGUCCAGAACAUCACCAAAUGCGAAACUGGCGAUUCAUAAAAUGCCAUUUCACAGCUACCGUCACUUUAAGACACGAAAAAGCAUAUACAGGCAGCAUGAAAUUGAUUAUGAAGCAAAAUGGUCGGCCUGUGCAAGAAACAUUUUCACCUCUAAUCGAGUACCUUUAAACGGUCAAACAGCUAUAAUAACAGAAAACCGCAAAAAUCUGAAUACACUGGAUAACAGGAUUGAGCGUCCCUGCUUUCAGCAAAUGUGCCUGUCUUGUUCUCCUUUCAGGUGGUUGUUCACGGAUGUGAUGUGUAUGUGUUAUGCCUUCUGUGGAGUUUUGUUUGGUAUCUGCAGCCUCAGUAACCUGACCGUACUGUCCUGUGUGUGCUGGCUCAAAGUCUGCUGCCCCCACUACGGUAAUAAGCUGUCGUCGUCCCAGGCGCGUCUGCUGGUGGUUGGUGUGUGGUGUUACGCUGCAGUGUUUGCAGUAGGUCCUCUCUCAGGCUGGGGUCAGUAUGGCUCAGAGCCCUACGGCACGGCCUGCUGCAUCGACUGGCACGCACCCAGCUACAACACACCAGCCAUGAUCUACAUCGUCUGCCUCUUCUUCUUCUGCUACAUCGUCCCCUGCACCAUCAUCAUCCUCUCCUACACGCUCAUCCUGGUGACGGUCCGGGGGGCCCAGCAUGCAGUGCAGAAGCACGUCUCUCCUCAGAACAAAAUCUCCAACGUGCAGACUCUUCUCGUCAAGCUGUCAGUGGCGGUAUGUAUUGGAUUCCUGAUGGCUUGGAGCCCGUAUGCGGUGGUAUCCAUGUGGGCGGCCUUUACUGAACCAGACUUGGUGCCUCCAAUAGCGUUUGCCAUGGCGGCCAUGUUUGCCAAGUCAUCCACCCUCUACAAUCCGAUGGUCUACCUCGUCUUUAAGCCCAGCUUCCGGAAAUCCCUGUGCCGGGACGCCACGAUAUGCAAGAGAACGCUCUGUCCCUGCAUAUGCCAGACAGACAGCCGACAGAAAGGCACGACAAGCCUUUCAAAACUGAACACGAAGGAUAAGUGUAACCUCGCGUGGGUCUCUAAUGGACUGAACGAGAGCCACCAGUCAUGCAGACACUGUCCAGAAGGACAAACAGGGCAUUACCUGGACAUCACACCCCAAAGGACAGCACGCAUCCUCAUUGGCUCCACUCACAGUGAGGUGGCAGUCAGCCAGCUGUCCAACGAAAUCAACAGCGACUUCCUUUAGACCACGAGGAACUGAUCGGAGCAAAAGCGGACGAUGAUACAUUUGCCUUAAAAUCUCAUACUAAUUAGUAUUGCGAGAUGAUUUCACACCACUUGACUUGUUAACUAAGCUGGUUAACUACCCGGCAACUCGCAAUACCAAGGAACAUAGAAAAAAAGUGACGUCACUCUCAAAUAGUUCAUCCAAAAUGAAAAUCCUGUCAUCCCUUCUCAUUCCUUCCAAACCUGUGUGCUAUUGAGGUCCUACAUGACAGAUGCCUUGUAAGAAGCAUAUUGAUAUAGAUUAUUCUGUAAUAAUUUACAGUAAGUUUCAUUUAGUUAGUACAGCAGGUACAGCAAAGUUUUGUUUGCUAACAUUAGUUAAUGCACCGCGAGCUAACACGAACUAACAAUUUAAUAAAGGUAUUGUUCACUGUUUUCUUCAUGUUAGUAGCAUUAACUAAUGCUAACAAAUGGCAUUUCAUUGUAAAGUGUUACAGAUUAUUCAAUAACGAUAACUGCAACAAUAAUUGUCAAGUUAAUGAAUAGCAAAGCCAUUGUCAACACUGCUAUUGCUCUCCUUAGAACAAAUAACAAUCACUGAACCACAGACACUUAGAAGACACUUGACAGCCAACCCAGGACACUAGAAACACAGCGUUUCAGUAGGGCAAACAAUGAGGACUUAACAAGAUAAUCAACUGAGAAAUCAAAGAAACACUAAUGACAAAGCGAGAACAGGAACAGGAAAACCAAAUAUGGGCAUACACGCAGGGCGCAAAACACAAGUCUGACAGCCAUAGUGGAGUGCAGCAGAUCAGUGCAAAAAAUUCCAGAUAUUGGGGGACAGAUUGGCAAUUUCUAAUUACUAGGGGACUUUUGGCAAAAAAACCCCUCUAUAGUUGACUUGGAAUGUCUAAGUUACAUGUUGUACAGAGUUAUGUGAUAUUGCUCUUUUAUCGGGUUUGAACUUAGAUGCGGUAGACAAGGUGAACUAUGAAAAGAGCUGCAUAAAGAGUCAAAUUCUCCUUAAAAAUAUUACUGCGUACAGGUUUGGAAGGUGAACGCAUGACAGAAUGUUCCUUUGCCACGAUUCUCUUCUGGUGAGACAUUGUUUAUCGGUGCAUGUGCUCAACACUGCCUAUGCAUUUAAUUAUGUAUGUAUUUAUUUAUUUAAAUGAAGCCUCAAAUGCAAGUAAUAUAUUAUGGAUUUUGUCAAUUUAUGAUCUGUUGUUUCCAUCUGGGAAUGGAAUUGAAAACGCACAAUUAUAUUUGGUUGACAGAAUUAAAUCUUAUGUAUUUAGAUAUUUGAUGGAUGAAAUGUUAUAAUUUACCUUUUAUUUAUAAACUCUGACAUAUGUAUGAUAAAGCAACCCCUCUACUUCAUACAAAAUGUGCAACUUCUACCCAAAUUGAGAAAAACAAAUCAACCACUGCAAUACAUAACGUGUUACCUUUUUAUGCAAUUUAUGCUGUAGGUCCUAAAGAAUCACUGAAAAAAAUUUGAACCAAUUUUAUUAAUCAUUUGUAAAAAAUUGUAUUGUUUUUAUUGACAUGCUGGAAUGCUAAAAUCAAACAUUUUCACAUAUACUGUGUUACGAAAUGGUAAGUGCGUCCUUUUCUUAACUUAAUAAUGUAAUGUACAAUAAUGCAGCUUUGAUGGGUUCAAAGUAACAUAAUUAAGUAAAAAUGGUUUUUGAGAUGUUUUUACACCCCAUUCAAAAAAAAAAAAAAGUGGAAGUGAAUGACACUCAAAGCUGUUUAGAAAUGGUUGUGCUCACUUCUACAGGGGGUAUAUUUAGAAGUACAGAAAUAUCAUCUUCCAACCGUCCACUUACAGCUUCAGCUUUUUUACCGCUUCAUUUUUUCUCCCACACUAUAAUCUGGAAUUCAUUACGAAGGCAAGUUUCCCCGGCCCUGAAGCGGCACAACAGCUUCACAACUCUUCCACCACCCUGCUUUAAGGUUAUUUUUUCUUCAAGUGGAGUGUUUGGUUUUUGUCAAACAAUGUAUUCAGAACCCCACUCUCCAAACCAUCUCCAUUUUAGCAUUAUUAUACAUUUAAUAGAAUGGUUGAGUUUCAAAUACCUUUAGAAAUGAUUGUAAAUCUCUUUGCAGAUGUGUAAGCCUCAACGAUCUCUGUUCCGAGGGGCUUCUUUUGAUCGUGACAUGACGGUUCAAUACUUGCUAUCAAACCAGAUGAGUACAUAAAGGUUUAUAUAAGGUGUGGCUUUCCUUUUCAUUGGUGUUCUUUCACUUUAUUUCAUUGGUUUCACUUUAUUUUGAUGGUACCUUUAACACACUCU